UUCAUUCCAGUGGGCAGGGAGGGGAGCACUCCUUCCAGGCCAGCCUGGCUUCCAGGGUUCCAGAGGCCUCAUUCCCUCCAGCCCAGUCCUCACUCCUGGCAGCCUGGCUUUAUGACUUCAUUCGCUGAAGUCACCUGGCGACAAUGCUGAGCAUUCCACCCCUCCAAGUCCAGGCCCAGCUUAGCCAGACGCCUCCCCACAGUGGAAAUGAAGACAAUGCCUGCUGGCCCCUGUGGGGAGGGGAUGUAGACGGCAGCGGCACCAGCCGCUCCAGGCACCAUGGACGAUGCUGCAGUCCUAAGGAAGAAGGGUUACAUCGUGGGAAUCAAUCUAGGCAAGGGCUCCUACGCAAAAGUGAAAUCUGCCUACUCUGAGCGCCUAAAGUUCAAUGUAGCAGUCAAGAUCAUCGACCGCAAGAAAACACCCACUGACUUUGUGGAGAGAUUCCUUCCUCGGGAGAUGGACAUCUUGGCAACUGUCAACCACCGCUCCAUCAUCAAGACCUAUGAGAUCUUUGAGACUUCUGAUGGGCGCAUCUACAUCAUCAUGGAGCUGGGCGUCCAGGGUGACCUCCUUGAAUUCAUCAAGUGCCAGGGAGCCCUGCACGAAGAUGUGGCACGCAAGAUGUUCCGCCAGCUCUCCUCAGCUGUCAAGUACUGCCAUGACCUGGACGUCGUCCACCGAGACCUGAAAUGCGAGAACCUUCUCCUCGACAAGGACUUCAACAUCAAGCUGUCCGACUUCGGCUUCUCCAAGCACUGCCUGAGGGAUGGCAGUGGUCGUAUUGUCCUCAGCAAGACCUUCUGUGGGUCAGCGGCUUAUGCAGCCCCCGAGGUGCUGCAGGGCAUCCCCUACCAGCCCAAGGUGUACGACAUCUGGAGCCUGGGCGUGAUCCUGUACAUCAUGGUCUGUGGCUCCAUGCCCUAUGAUGAUUCCGACAUCAAAAAGAUGCUGCGCAUCCAGAAGGAGCACCGUGUGGACUUUCCGCGCUCCAAGAACCUGACGGGUGAGUGCAAAGACCUCAUCUACCGCAUCCUGCAGCCGGACGUCAACCGGCGGCUGCACAUUGACGAGAUCCUCAGCCACUCGUGGCUGCAGCCCCCCAAGCCCAAAGUCAUGUCUUCUGGUUCCUUCAAAAGGGAGGGGGAGGGCAAAUACCGGACCGAGUGCAAACUAGAUGCCCGGUCAGGCUCAAGACCUGAACACCGGCCUGAACACCGACCUGAACACCGACCUGACCACAAACUGGGGGCCAAAACCCAGCACCGGCUGCUGGUUGUGCCUGAGAAUGAGGACAGAAUGGAGGAUAGGCUGGCCGAGACCUCCAGAGCUAAAGACCAUCACAUCUCAGGAGCAGAGGUGGGGAAAGCAAGCACCUAGUGGUGGAGAGGGCCCUGGGUGGGGGGACGUGAUACGGUUUGCACUGACAUGAAGUAGGCAGGUAGGAGCUGAAGAAGGCACAGGUGCAAGGAACAAGUAAAAUUCGUCAAUUAAACCACUAUUUUGAUUAC